AUUUCGACAAAUUCGAAGAAAAAAGAAUGGAUAAUAACUCCCUUCAAGAUUGUAUCAUUGAUGGCAGCUAUAAGGUUGAUUUGCUCCUCGGUACAGGAGGAUCUUCAAGAGUUUAUAGCUGUGUAGAUACUCAUCACAAUUUCUAUGCUUUGAAGGUAAUCAGGAAGGAUAGGAAAUUUAGCCAAGGACUCUCUAAAGCUCUUCUUGAGACUGAGAUCAAAAUAAUGCAGGAAACUCAAGCCCAUCCUAAUAUUCUUAGCGGGUAUCAUAUCAACACUAGUGGUGUAGUUAAUGUAAAUGGAGAAAAGCAUGAUAUCAUGUAUUGCAUCAUGGAAUUAGCUAAGAAAGGAGCUAUUAAAACAUUUAUUCAGAGAUCAGGUCACUUUGAUGAAGAGAUCGUCAAGUUCUAUGCUAUCCAGAUAACCAAUUCCCUAGCGUAUCUUCAUUCUAAAGGCUAUGCACAUAUGGAUGUAAAAGUUGAUAAUAUUUUACUUGAUGAAAACUACAAUUCCAAACUUGCGGAUCUUGGGGUAGGAGUAAAAACUGAUUUUGGGUACUCUUCAUCAAGAUGCGGCACUAAGCAAUACAUUGCUCCUGAGAUAUUAAAGAAGAGCAACGAUGAUCAAUUCAAUGCUUUUAAGGCUGAUGCAUAUUCUUUAGGCGUUACACUCUAUGUGAUGCUUACUGGAAAUUUUCCUUCAACAGCAGAAUCAACGCUCUUCACCGGGGACACUUCUGAUAACCUGAGUGAGUCUCAUGAAGAGAAGGAAGAUAAUUGAUUAGUUCCAACUCUCUCCAGAGAAUGCAAGGACUUGCUAAGCUGUCUCCUCAAUCAGGAUCCAGAAAAGAGAUUGUCUGUUUUUGAUGCUCUUGAGCAUUCUUGGAUUUCAAACCCUGGAGACUGCAUCCCUGCAUUCGAAGUGUAUAUGGAAAUGAAAGCAAGAGAAGACUAUAUUAUCGGCAGUUGCUCUGGAAGCUCAUAAGCUAAGCUAUAAAAGUGUCUAAAAUCAAUUGUCUAGGCUCCAGCCUAGGCAGAUGUUCAUUAUUAAACACAGUUACUUAUUAAACCCUUA